GAGGAGAACGGUAGAACCAGAACUCCGAUUCUUACCCCCCCCACCCCACCAAAAAAAAAUCCGAUAAAUCUCUCUCAUAGUUUCCUUGCGGGUAGCAGCCGACCUCAUCCUCCUCCCUCCGACGUCUCCCCUUCCUUUGACGACUUAUGGCGUUGAGGCGCCUCCUCACGAAGAUUGCAAAACAGCAACCGGGGCCUCCAUAUUUAUAUCAAUUAAGUGGUCGAUCCCGUCUUGCUUCACACUCAGUUGAAGAUAGUGGAGGAAGCGGGCUCAGAAAUUUUCACCAAAGGUUUCAGUCAAGCUAUGUUGGUAGUUUUGCUCGCAGAGCAUGGGAUGCAGAUGGACCCAAUGAUGUUGCGCUUCUUAAAGAGCUUUACAGAAGUGAUCCAGAAAGAGUUAUUAGACUAUUUGAAAGUCAGCCUUCACUACAUUCCAACCCUUCAGCACUUGCAGAGUAUGUUAAGGCAUUAGUUAAAGUUGAUAAGCUGGAUGAAAGUUCAUUGCUUAAGACAUUGCAAAGAGGCAUCGAUAAAUCAGCAAGGGAGGAAGAGAGUAUCAGCAGCAUCCCAGCAUUGAGGAAUGUAGGCCAGAUGACCAAGGAAGGAAUUCUUGGAACUGCAAGUGCGCCUAUUCACAUGGUGACAGCUGAAACUGGUCAUUUUAAAGAGCAGUUGUGGCGUACAUUUCGCACUAUUGCCCUAACCUUUCUUUUGAUAUCUGGUGUUGGAGCACUCAUUGAGGAUAGAGGAAUUAGUAAAGGGCUUGGCCUGCAUGAGGAGGUACAGCCGAGCAUGGAUUCUAGUACAAAAUUUAAUGAUGUAAAGGGCAUUGAUGAGGCUAAAGCUGAACUAGAGGAAAUUGUUCAUUACCUUCGCGAUCCAAAGCGUUUCACUCGCCUUGGUGGCAAGCUCCCCAAAGGUGUAUUGCUUGUUGGCCCACCUGGGACAGGGAAGACCAUGUUAGCAAGGGCUAUUGCUGGAGAAGCUGGUGUUCCUUUCUUUUCGUGCAGUGGAAGUGAAUUUGAGGAGAUGUUUGUUGGUGUGGGAGCUAGGAGGGUGAGGGAUCUUUUUGCUGCAGCAAAGAAACGAUCCCCCUGCAUCAUUUUCAUAGAUGAGAUUGAUGCAAUAGGUGGGAGCCGCAACCCGAAGGACCAACAGUACAUGAAGAUGACCCUAAAUCAAUUGCUUGUUGAGCUAGAUGGUUUUAAGCAGAACGAGGGGAUUAUUGUCAUCGCUGCAACUAACUUCCCUGAAUCACUGGACAAAGCCCUUGUGAGACCUGGACGCUUUGAUCGUCACAUUGUUGUUCCUAAUCCUGAUGUAGAGGGCCGAAGGCAAAUCAUGGAAUCCCACAUGUCAAAGGUCUUGAAGGCAGAUGAUGUAGAUCUAAUGAUCAUUGCAAGGGGAACCCCUGGGUUCUCAGGUGCUGACCUUGCAAACCUGGUCAACAUUGCUGCCCUUAAGGCUGCUAUGGAUGGGGCCAAAGCUGUUAGCAUGGCUGAUCUGGAAUAUGCCAAGGACAAGAUCAUGAUGGGCAGCGAACGCAAAUCAGCAGUAAUUUCUGAUGAAUCAAGGAGGCUGACAGCUUACCAUGAGGGUGGUCAUGCUCUUGUGGCUAUACACACAGAUGGUGCCCUCCCAGUCCACAAAGCGACAAUUGUGCCGCGGGGGAUGUCCCUUGGCAUGGUUGCCCAAUUGCCAGAGAAGGACGAGACCAGCAUCUCUCGGAAGCAAAUGCUUGCAAGGCUGGAUGUUUGCAUGGGUGGACGGGUAGCUGAAGAACUAAUAUUUGGGGAGAAUGAGGUGACCUCUGGUGCUUCCUCAGAUCUCGAUCAAGCCACAAAUCUAGCGAGAGCCAUGGUUACAAAAUACGGGAUGAGCAAGCAGGUGGGUCUUGUUGCACACGACUAUGAUGACAAUGGAAAGAGCAUGAGCACGGAGACGAGGCUGCUUAUUGAAAAGGAGGUGAGGGACUUUCUGGAAAGGGCAUAUAAUAAUGCAAAAACUAUCUUGAUGACUCACAAUAAAGAGCUGCAUGCCCUUGCCAAUGCUCUUCUUGAGCAGGAGACCCUGAGUGGGGCACAGAUCAAGAAUUUGCUUGCCCAGGUGAGGACUCGUCAGCAGCAGCAGCAGCAGUUUGUGGCAGCCUCACAGACAACCACCCCUUCUGUGCCAACGACGCCUCCAUCUGCUGCAUCUACCGCGGCUGCAGCAGCAGCUGCUGCAGCAGCACAAGCAGCAGCCAAGGCUAAAGGAGUUGCGCAGCCUGCUGUGGGAUCUUAGCAGCAAGAGGGUAAUUGGUAGGAUCAAAUAUGUAGUAUAAAUUGCAGGUUCUUCUAGCAUCUGAAGGGAUGAACGGGCGGGAAGGACUUCCAAAAGCAAAAAAAGAAAAAGAAAAAAGAAAAACACGAAGUCAGCUGCCUGUUGCAAAUCCCAACUCAAUGUAUGCAUAAACAUCUACUUCUUUCUUCCCUGAGCUUGCAGAAGAACAAAAGUAGAAACUUGUGGCAGGGACAUCAACCGUGGAGGUUUUUGAAUCACCAACGGGUUUCUUUUUGUUUCCUCAAUUCUAAUAAUAUUAAUUAUAAUCUCCCUUUGAUUAA